AAAAGAACGAAGAACGAGAUGGGUCCGUGGGAUGGGAGACCGUUGCCAUCGUGCAGUUUUUUUCACGGCAUGGGUCCGUGAAGUCCUCAUAAAAGCCUCUAUAAACCUCCUCCCUGUCCUCUAUAACAAAUAUUGAUCAGCAUUUCUAUUUGAUUUUAAGAUGGGGCUUCGACUUCAGAUGUUGAUGGUGUUAGUGAUGAUGGUUUCCCUGCAAGGAUGGCUGCCUCUUGGUUGCAUGGAGGAAGAGAGAAUCGCUCUGUUGCACCUCAAAGAUGCUCUUAACUAUCCCAAUGGCACAUCCCUACCCUCCUGGAUAAAAGGCGAUGCCCACUGUUGUUCUUGGGAACUUAUUCAGUGCAACAGCAGCAGCAGCAGCAGCAGAGGUCGAGUCACCAUGCUCGAUCUUGGGAGCGUAAGGAAUCAGGAACUGGGAGAUUGGUACUUGAAUGCCUCCUUGUUUCUUCCUUUUCAACAACUCAACACUCUCUCCUUGUCAGAUAAUCGUAUAGCUGGUUUCGUUGAGCAGAAAGAAUCUUUGAGCAGCUUGGAGGACUUGGAUUUGAGCGGCAAUAAUAUUAACAAAUUGGGAGCCUCAAGAGGUCCAAGCAACUUGAGUGCUCUAAAGCUAGAAAAUAUCACAACAUAUGAAAGUAGCUUCCAGUUACUGCAAUCAUUAUGAGCAUUCACAAACCUCACAACACUUUAUCUGAGCUACAAUGAUUUUAGAGGACGAAUACCAGAGUUGCAGAAUUUGAGUUCAUUGGAAGAGUUGUAUCUGGAUCAUUGUUUUCUAGAUAAAAAUUUCAUUCAAAGUCUUGGAACAUUGCCUUCUCUAAAACACCUGUCGUUGCAAGCACUCAGUAGCAUUUUACCUUCUAAAGGCUUUCUUAAUCUCAAGAACUUAGAAUUCUUGAAUUUAAGUUUCAAUACUUUUGACAAUACCAUCUUCCAAACCAUUGGUCUAUGUGACUUAAAUCAUCUCCAAGGGCUGAAAAUGUAUGACAAUGAUCUCAGUGGUUUCUUGCCUCCAUGUCUAGCAAAUUUGACUUCCCUUCAACAACUAGAUCUCUCUUACAAUCACUUGAAGAUCCCUAUGUCAUUGAGCCCAUUAUACAACCUUUCGAAACUCAAGUAUUUUGAUGGUUCAAGUAAUGAAAUAUAUGCAGAAGAAGAUGAUCAUAAUCUAAGCCUAAAGUUCCAAUUAGAGUACCUCUCUUUGAAAGGUCGCGAACAAGGUGCGAGAGCAUUUCCCAAGUUCCUUUACUAUCAGUUCAACCUACAAUAUGUGGAUCUUAUAAACAUCCAAAUAAAGAGAGAGUUUCCAAAUUGGUUGAUUGAGAACAACACAUACCUACAAGAUCUUUAUUUAGAGAACUGUUCUCUUUCGGGUCCAUUCUUGUUGCCAAAGAAUUCUCAUGUGAAUUUGUCACUCCUAAGUAUAUCCAUGAAUUACUUUCAAGGUCAAAUCCCUUCAGAAAUCGGAGCUUAUUUCCCAAGGUUAGAAGUUUUAUUGAUGUCAGAUAAUGGUUUUAAUGGAAGCAUUCCUUCCUCGUUGGGCAACAUUAGCUCGCUACAAGUGUUAGACUUGUCCAACAAUGUUUUUACUGGAAGAAUACUUUCGAACAACAGUUUGCAAGGGCAGAUCCCUGGAUGGAUAGGGAAUAUGUCUUCUCUUGAAUUCUUGGACCUAUCAGGGAACAAUUUAUCUGGUCCUUUACCAUCUAGAUUCAGAACUUCUUCAAAAUUGAGAUAUGUUUAUUUGUCUAGAAAUAAGUUGCAAGGACCGAUCACAAUGGCAUUUUAUGACUCCUAUGAGAUAUUCGCAUUAGAUCUUUCCCAUAAUGAUUUAACUGGUGAAAUUCCAGAGUGGAUAGAUAGGCUAUCUAACUUGAGAUUUCUACUCUUGAGUUAUAACAAUCUUGAAGGUGAAAUUCCAUUUCAGUUAUCCAAGUUGGACCAAUUAACCCUGAUUGAUCUUUCUCACAACCACCUUUCUGGUAACAUCCUCUCUUGGAUGAUAUCUACUCAUCCUUUCCCACAACAACACUAUUCUCGUGAUAAUGUGUCCUCAUCACAACAAUCUUUCGAGUUUACAAUGAAGAAUGUAUCCCUUUUUUUUAGAGGCAACAUUAUCCAGUACAUCACAGGAAUUGAUUUCUCAUGCAACAAUUUCACUGGAGAGAUUCCUCCUGAAAUUGGAAACCUUAACAUGAUCAAGGUAUUGAACCUUUCGCAUAAUAGUUUAACUGGACCAAUUCCACCAACAUUUUCGAACUUAAAGGAAAUAGAAAGCUUGGAUCUUUCCUACAACAAACUGGAUGGACAAAUCCCUCCUCGACUUACUGAGCUAUUUUUUCUAGAAGUUUUCAAUGUAGCACAUAAUAAUCUAUCCGGCAAGACUCCUGCGAGAGUUGCACAGUUUGCCACUUUUGAUGAGAGCUGUUAUAAGGACAAUCCUUUUCUUUGCGGAGGACCGCUACCUAAAAUUUGUGGUGCAGUUAUGCCACCAUCACCAACACCAAUUUCAACGAACAAGAACAACGACGAUAAUGGUGGCUUCAUAGAUAUGAAGGUUUUCUAUGUGACUUUUGGGGUUGCAUACAUCAUGGUAUUGUUGAUGAUGAGUGUAAUUCUGUGCAUAAAUUCAUAUUGGCAACGAACUUGGUUUUACUUUAUUGAGGUGAGCAUAAAUAAUUGCUAUUAUUUUAUUAUGGAUAAUCUUCCUAUUUUAUCCAAGUUUGGGUUUUCAUAGCCUUGGUGCAUCGUUUUGUAUUCUAGUUUUAAGAUUUAAACAAGUUUAAAUGCAAUGUUAUAUUGAUUUUCAUUUGUGUUUU